UCUGCGGGUGACGGCUUCUUGAGCUCUGUGGUUCUCGCUGUCCCGCGCCUCUCUCUCUUCACGGAGCCCGGCGGGUCCCGGGCUCUGACUCGGAGGUUGCGGGUGCCGGCGCCGUCGUCGGCGCCGGCCCCGGGAUGUGGCUCUGGGAGGAGCAGGGGGGCCUAUUGGCCUCCUUCUCCUUCCUGUUCCUGGUGCUGCUGCUCCUGACCCGCAGCCCCUUCAACUCCUGCCUCUUCGCUUUUAGUUUCUACCUGCUGCUGCGCUUCUUCAGCUACGAGCCCGUGCCCAGCCGCCGGGCCCUGCAGGUGCUCAAGCCCCGCGGUCGCAUCUCCGCCAUCGCCCACCGCGGGGGCGGUCAUGAUGCGCCCGAGAACACGCUUGCCGCGAUUCGCGAGGCAGCUAAGAAUGGAGCAACAGGUGUGGAGCUGGACAUUGAAUUUACUGCAGAUGGUGUUCCUGUCCUAAUGCAUGAUGAGACUGUAGAUAGGACUACUGAUGGCACAGGUCGUUUGAGUGAAUUGACAUUUGCUGAUGUUAGAAAACUUAAUCCAGCAGCAAACCACAGAUUGAAGAAUAAUUUCCCUGGUGAAAAAAUACCUACUCUGAAGGAAGCCAUUGUGGAAUGCCUAAAGCACAACCUCACAAUCUACUUUGAUGUGAAGAGCCAUGCAACUAUGGCUGCCGAUGCUCUAAAACAUAUGUAUAUGGAGUUUCCUAAGUUAUACAACAUCAGUAUCGUCUGCUCUUUCAUGCCAGAAGUUAUCUAUAAGAUGAGGCAGGCAGACCGUAAUGUUGUAACAGCUUUAACCCAUAGACCUUGGAGCCUUAGUUAUUUUGGAGAUGGGAAACGGCGCUUUGAUUGUCUUUGGAAGCAUUUUUCAUAUAUGCUGCUGGACAUUCUCCUAGAUUGGAGUUUGCAUAAUAUCUUGUGGUACCUGUGUGGAAUUUCAGCCUUCCUCAUGCAGAAGGAUUUUGUAUCUACGGCCUAUUUGAAGAGGUGGUCAGCUAAAGGGAUUCAUGUUGUUGCUUGGACUGUGAAUACCUAUGAUGAGAAAAAAUUCUAUGAAGAUCAUCUUCACUCCAGCUACAUUACUGACAGCAUGUUAGAAGACUGUUACCCUCAUUUCUAGAUUAUUACCCUUUUUCAAGGACUCUGGUUUCAGAAACCUCUGCUAUCCUUAUUCAGGGAAAUCUAAAUACCUGGACGCAGCCCUGAGUUCUUGAGGAUCAGGUGGCUCCCAGACACAUUAGUCAGAAAUUGUAUUUUAACUUGAAUCAGAGCCCAGUGGUGUGUCUACACCAAACUCUGUAUUGUGCUUGAGUUCGUCAUGGCUGAUGUUGGGAAAUUGGGUCUGUUGGGAGGUUUGCCACUGCUUACCCCUAAUCCAACUGAGUUAUAUACAAAUACUCAGUAGUGAUAAGCACAGAUUCGUGUAAUUUGUAUAUGUAAAAAUGACUGCAAAUGAAUGAGAAAUGCAUGUUAACUGUGACUGAACUUUUCUUACUUUUCACCCUUAACGUAUUCUUCCACUAUUUGUUUUUGGCCAUGUUGAACGAUGUAUUAUGGAAGUCAGACUUAGGAACCAUACUAAUAAAAUUGUUAGAAUGUAUAUUAAGCAUACAGCACCCUACGUAAUAAACAAUUUGAGAAAGAUACUGAAUGUAA